AUGACAACACCACCGAACUUUAACAGUGUAACAAUGUUACCGGGUGCAUCAUAUUUCUAUCCAACAACAGCAUCACAAGCAUCAUCAAAAUGGUUAACUGAUGGUCAUCAUCAUCAUCAUCAUCCUUUUCAUCAUCAAUCGACUACGGAUAAUCAAAUUCCACGAAUUGUUAGUUCGAGUGGUUUUCGAGCUUUAUCAACUACUGAUCAACUCAAACAUCCUACUGAUGUUCGAUGGCCAUCCGAAUUUCCUUAUCAAAUACCAGGAAUUCAUCCAGCUGCGGCUGCAGCAGCAGCAGCAGUUUCAGUUACUCCAUCUGCACCUGAAGUAUAUCCGACGGAUCCAUUUCCAUCUACUUCAAUGGCACAAUUAUCUAGUAAUUGUUGCUUAAAUCGUUUUGACAAUACCGGAAAUUGUUACUAUCCAAGUCCUGUCUUAGCAUCACCAUAUACCAAUCCAACAACCAAUGAACAUUUUACAGCUGCGGAACAUAUUGCUCAUUGGAAGGUUCCAACUUUUGCAUAUACAUCAUUGAACGGCAAACGAUCGGCAGCAAUUCGUAUUCAACAACAGCAGCAACAACAACAACAACAAUCUACCUCACCACCAUAUCGUACUGGUCCCGGAACUAACAAUGUAAGAGUACGAACAAGUGAAAAAUAUCGUAUGGUAUAUACUGAUUAUCAACGAUUAGAAUUGGAGAAAGAAUUUCGUACAUCACAAUUUAUUAAUUCAGAACGAAAAUCACAACUUUCAUCCGAAUUACAACUUACCGAACGACAAAUUAAAAUAUGGUUUCAAAAUAGGCGUGCAAAAGAUCGUCGUGAAAAUAAGAAGAUACGAUUGGUAUGA